CAGAACUCUCGAGGGACCUUCACAGAAUUCUCGAGCAGUCACACGACUAGGUUGAGCAAGAAGCGCGUGAUGGAACCCAUUACUAUAACUGACUGAGACUGAUCUGUCUCUCCAGCCCACACAUGUCAAUAGACACAGAGAGUCGACGGCGGAGAUCAACCACCGACGGUCAAGGUGAGGGCGAGCCACAUAGCCUAUUAUUGCUGUUGCUAGAGUUGUGCGAUGCUAAACUUUUUUUAGGCUAUGUACGCUAACACACCAGCCAUAUACUUAGUCUAGUCGAUGUGCUUUAAAAAAUAUAUAUCAAUGUCAUAUAAUAAAUAAUCCUACUUCGAAAUAAUACCUACAUGUUAAUACAUGCACAUUAGGCUACAGUGUAAUUUCAAGAAAUGUAACAAAGAGAAAAGAUAGGUGCAUUGCCUAUACUUUUUUGAUAAUGACUGUGUUACUACUGAAUAAAUCAAUUAUUGUCGUGGUUACUUAAAUCAAAAUCAGAGAAUAAACCUGUGACGUAUGAUCACACGGAAUAGGCUACAGGUUAGGCCAAAUACGGCAGAUGGGGUUAUUGAUCAGGGUUUCAUUUUACCAUCCAAAGGCAUUGUAUGCAGCCGGCAAUACACUGGUAUCCCCCGUGGACCGGUUCCUACCUACAACGUUCUCCAUUAUUUUAUUUAUUUUUGAUUUCACCUUUAUUUAACCAGGUAAACCAGUUGAGAACAAGUUCUCAUUUACAACUGCGACCUGGCCAAGAUAAAGCAAAGCAGUGCGAUAAAAACAACAACACAGAGUUACAUAUGGAAUAAACAAAAACAAAACGUACAGUCAAUAACACAAUAGAAAAUCUAUAUACAGUGUGUGCAAAUGUAGUAAGUUAUGGAGAUAAGGCAAUAAAUAGGCCAUAGUGCAAAAUAAUUACAAUUUAGUAUUAACACUGGAGUGACAGAUGUGCAGAAGAUGAUGUGCAAAUAGAGAUACUGGGGUGCAAAUGAGCAAUGUAAAUAACAAUAUGGGGAUGAGGUAGUUGGGUGGGCUAAUUACAGAUGGGCUGUGUACAGGUGCAGGGAUCGGUAAGCUGCUCUGACAACUGAUGCUUAAAGUUAGUGAGGGAGAUAAGUCUCCAGCUUCAGAGAUUUUUGCAGUUCGUUCCAGUCAUUUGCACCACCAUGCUAAUGGUACUUCCUGAUGUUGCGCCUAGUCCCCUGUAGCUCAAUUGGUAGAGCAUGGCGCUUGCAACGCCAGGGUUGUGGGUUCGUUCAUCAAGAGCUGAUGUUGGGCAAUUAGGCCUGACUCACAGUCGUCGUUCCAAUUCAUCCCAAAGGUGUUCAAUGGGGUUGAGAUCAGGGUUCUGUGCAGGCCAGUCAAGUUCUUCCACACUGAUCUCGACAAACCAUUUCUUUAUGGAACUCGCUUUGUGCAAGGGGGCAUUGACAUGCUGAAACAGGAAAGGGCCUUCCGCAAACUCUUGCCACAAAGUUGGAAGCACAGAAUCGUCUAGAAUGUCAUUGUAUGCUAUAGUGUUAAGAUUUCCCUUCACUGGAACUAAGGGGCCUAGCCCGAACCAUGAAAAACAGCCCCAGACCAUUAUUCCUCCUCCACCAAACUUUACAGUUGGCACUAUGCAUUGGGGCAGGUAGCGUUCUCCUGGCAUCCACCAAACCCAGAUUCGUCUGUCGGACUGCCAGAUGGUGAAGCAUGAUUCAUCACUAAAGAGAACGCAUUUCUACUGCUCCAGAGUCCAAUGGUGGCGAGCUUUACACCACUCCAGCCGUGUGCGGCUGCUCAUUCAUGGAAACACAUUUCAUGAAGCUCCUGACAAACAGUUAUUGUGCUGAUGUUGCUUCCAGAGGCAGUUUAGAACUCGGUAGUGAGUGUUUCAACUGAGGACAGACGAUUUUUACGCGCUUCAGCACUCGGCGGUCCCGUUCUGUGAGCUUGUUUGGCCUACCACUUCGCAGCUUAGCUCCUAAACGUUUCCACUUCAUAAUAACAGCACUUACAGUUGACUGGGGCAGCUCUAGCAGGGCAGACAUUUUACAAACUGACUUGUUGGAAAGGUGGCAUCCUAUGACGGUGGCACGCUGAAAGUCAUUGAGGUCUUCAGAAAGGCCAUUCUACUGCCAGUGUUUGUCUAUGGAGAUUGCAUGGCGGUGUGUUCGAUUUUAUACACCUGUCAGCAACUGGUGUGGCUGAAAUAGCCUAAUCCACUAAUUUGAAGGGGUGUCCACAUACUUUUGUGUAUAUAUAGUGCAUGUCAUUGUGUGAACACACCUCAAUGUACAAUAUGACCACACUGCUUCUUGCCUUUGUGGUGACAUUUUUGGACAGAUGCUAUAAAUUAGCCUUUAGUGUAACGUACCCUCUGCAGUGUUGCAAGAUUCAUUGUAAGUAUUAGUCUCUCAACUAAGCUGAUCUUUCCUCAGCAGGGUUCACAGCAGUAACUGUGGGACCAGGGUCUCAUGUCUCUGCAGCCAAGCUACUGUAGCCUACACAUUACAGGCCAGCUGACAAUCACAGCACUAGCAUCUGUCACUGUGUCAAGGGGCAUGUAUGCUGCUAGCCUCCUGUGGCAGGAUUCUGUACUCUCCUAUAAGAGAGACAUGCUGUACACGGCUGGUAAACGAGACUAGUAUGCUACAGACCUGGUUUAAACCAGAACAGGUACGACAGCGACCUGGUUAGGUUUUAUUCAAGGUUACUACUCAUUUUAGUCUAACACACAUUGCUGUGUUUACGCAGUAGUUCUUUUUCCCCAUGGACAAAUAAUGUCACUGAAUGGUAGUGGGUACUGUAAGAACCUACUACCAGUAAGACACGUCUCACAGGUAUGAUCUUUCAGUGUUAAGGACAGGAAGUGCCCCUGUUUGUGGCGGGCGGCCUGCUAGUGUUAACAUUGGAUAACAUCUGUCUGCCUCGUCUGUUUACAGGAAUCAAUGAAUGUUUGUAACAUGCAGUUGAAACUGUAUGACCUUAAGGGGACAUUGAGGACAUUGUGGCAUAAAGAUGGGGAAGUUCAAGAACAUAGUCUGUUUUUGUACUGGUAAAGGGAAGUGAAACUAAUCCUUCUGUAUUUUACUCAAAUCAAAUCAAAGUUUAUUGGUCACAUACACAGUUUAGCAGGUGUUACUGCAUGCCUACUGUGACAAUAUGAGAAGCCUUGGUACAGAAGAACAAGUCAGGGGAACAUUAGAUCACACUUUGGCCUAAGUGCAUUGCAUGACUGCUUACUUGGAUGAAUAAAGGUUAAAUAAAUAAAGUGUAAUGUAUUGGGUCAUAAAGUUUAUUUGCCACCAUCAAGCACAUUCUGAAAAUCCACGGUGGAGGGAAUUGCUCAUCAUAACGGACCAGGCAGGCAGGCACGCCUGUGUUGUUUCCGGCAGAGUUUUGUCUCAGUGAACAAGCCCAGCUUUUGUCUGUCUGUGGCCGUCUGUCUGUGUCUGUCUGUGGGAGGAGGCAGUAAUUAGAAACAACAGCUCUUGUUAUGGUCAGUAUACAGCGCAGACGUAGACAGAGACUUCAUACUUAGUUAUGACCAGCACAAGUGUGUUAUUACUGAAAUCACAUGCCUCUCCUCCUCUUCCAGACAUGAAGUACAGGGUCAUUGUCUCUGACCUCUGGUCUUAACAUGUCUCUCUAGUUCCACCAGAACACCACACACUAGACCAGUGUUUAUGAAACUCUUUGGGUCACGGCCAGAACCUCUUGUGCCAGUGUUUACAUCUCCUCCCCUCGUCCACUCCCUGCAGAUUCUCCAUGGGACCGAGAUCCCCAGGGGGGGCACCUCCACAGGCCACUGUGUGACCGGCUGUGUGUGGCCAGCCUGCACUCAGAGCUGAGGGAUGCCUGCACCCCCUCGCCUUCCCCCUCCCUCCUCCCUGGACCAGGUGUAUACACGCCAAAAAGACCAUCCACACACACACGUGAGUACAAGGUCCCGUCCCAUUUUGAUACUAUAGCACUAGGAGAAGAGAGGGCGCUAAGGGUUGAAAUGGAACCGGGCCAGAGAUUAACUUUUGGUUGUUAUUAUUAACCUCAAUAGAGUUGGAUUGUAACAUGAUUGAAUAAAUCUCUCCCUUCAGAACUCAGCGCCCAUGCCUCUGAUGAUGUAUGGGAGGAUGCCACCAACAAGACCACUAUCAGAGCAGAGAAUGAAGUGGAGGCCAACAAACUAGCCAACAACUACAGGGUAUAGUACAGUAUAGUAUAUGAAGCAGAAUAAACAAAAUUGCAGAUUAAUUAAAGAUUGUGAUCCAUCCCAGUUGUGUUUAUUUAAAUGUAUUUAUUUAAAUGUAUUUAAAUAGGGAAAUCCCAUUGAGACCAAGGCCUCUUUAACAAGGGAGCCCUGUACACAAUCAUACAAAUUCACAAUAUUUACAAUUUCAACACAAUAAAAACAUACAAUAUUUACAAGCAAUUUAAGAAAAGUAAAUUACAAAACAUGAUCCUGAAAAACAAACACAUUCCUCAGUAAAAAAGUAAUCAACCAACCAUCUGAACUGCCCUAGCGGCACCAAAACAUCCAACUUUAUAGAAUUCUGGAGAUCAUUCCACAAGUAAGGUGCAAAAUAAACUAAACGCAGAUCUACCUAACUCAAUGGAGACCAAAAGGAUCUCCAGAGUUGGCCAUUCCUGUGAUCUGGUCUGGUGACUCGUAUGUCUGUAAUUUAACAAUGAAGUAAGGUAUAGCAGAAGUUUGCUCAAGAGGGCUUUAUAAACAAAAAGAGAGCAGUGCAUUGAUCUACAAGAUUUAAGAGAAUGCAUACAGAAUGCAGUGUACUGAACCUAUCGCUGGUAAUAAAGUGUUGUGCACUAUAAUAAACUGUGUCCAAUGGCUUCAAUACAGUGGCAGCUGCAUUCAUAUAGACGAUAUCACCACAGUCUAAAGCCGAAAUGAAUGUCGACAGAAUUAUUUGUUUUCUGCUAUUUAAUGAAAGGCAUGCUCUAUGCCUAUAAAGGAAGCCCAUUUUAAUUCUUAACUUAACUAACUCAUCAAAAUGCUUUUUGAAAGGUAUCUGGAUUGAUGAAAUGCUAUUUAUAAGAAGGGGCAUGAUCAAUGUGGGCACCAUCCAAUGAACAUAUGCAUAAAUCAUCAGAUACAUUUUCAGGCUUUUUGGAAAUAAAUAACAUAUACUUAUUUUUACCUGCAUUAAGUACCCAUUUCAGUUCAACAAAGGCUUUCUGCAAAGCAAAAAAUAUAGAUUGUAGUUCUGAAAGUGCCUUGUCAACAGAAGAGGCAACAAUACACAACAGUAUCGUACGCAUACAAGUGGAAGUUACAAUUUCUUACAGACAAAUCAAUAUUGUUUUAUAUAAAUAGUAAAUAUUACAGGGCCCAAAAUCUACCCUUGGGGACACCUUUAGUAAUAUUACAUUUUUUUUACAUUUUUUGUCAUUUAGCAGACACUCUUAUCCAGAGCGACUUACAGUUAGUGAGUGCAUACAUUUUUCAUACUGGCCCCCCCGUGGGAAUCGAACCCACAACCCUGGCGUUGCAAACGCCAUGCUCUACCGAGCUACACGGAAACGUGACAUAACACCAUCAGAAGAAACACAUUGUGUCCUGUCUGUCUGGUCGUUUUCAAACCAAAUGCAGGCUGCCUAACGCAGGCCAAUUUCAGACAGUCUACGAAUGAAUAAUGAAUGGUCAACAGUGUCAAAAGCCUUAGACAGGUCUAUAAAAAGGGCAUUUACCACCAAAGAAGCAGCAGAUAUAGUGCUGUGACCUAGCCUGAAACCAGACUAAUGGACACUUAGAAUACAUUUUGAAGCCAGAAAAGAUCUAAGAUGAGUGUUGAUUAAAGAUUAUAAAAUGUUCACGAGGCAAGACAGUUUAGAGAUCAGGCGAUAAUUAUUCAUGUCAGAGGGGUCACUACCUUUUGUGGAGAGGGAUCAUAUGGGCAGCCUUCCAGACCCUAGAGAUAGCACCCAAGAUAAUUACCAGGUUAAAAUGUGUCAAUGAUUCUACAAUUAGGGGAGCAGAAAGUUGCAGCAAGAAAGCAUCAAGCAAAUCAGGGCAAUUAACAUCCAUUUCUGGACUUAUCAAUUAAUGAUAUGUACCCAUUGAUCUUGAAGAAUAUAACUUAAAAAUGCCUCAUGAAUUUAGGUCAACUGUCAUACCCCAUCAGAACCCAAAAUAUGAGCUUGUUUUACUCCAGUGUUUGUAAACAAAGCAAAUGUAAACGAACACUGUAUAGCCCCUUUCCUGCAGUCAAAUGACCAAAUCGCCCUCUAGUGGCCUCAUAGAUUGAAUGUUAUUGAUAUUUUUCAUAAUUUCAUAAUUAAUCAACAUUAUUUUUAAAAAACAACGCCGAAAUAUGGUGUUUCUAUGUCAAACAAUUUUGUUAUAUUUCAGUCUUCUGUGAUGUCCAGUGCAUUCGGAAAGUAUUCAGAACCCUUUACUUUUUCAGUAGUUUGUUACAUAACAGCCUUAUUCUAAAAUGGAUUAAAUAAAUAAAAAAUAGCAUCAAUCUACAUACAAUACCCCAUACAGACAAAGCGAAAACAGGUUUUUAGACAUUUUUGCACAUUUAUUAAAAAUUAAACAGAAAUACCUUAUUUACAUAAGUGUUGUGACCCUUUGCUAUGAGACUCGAAAUUGAGCUCAGGUGCAUACUGUUUCCAUUGAUCAUCCUUGAGAUGUUUCUAAAACUUGAUUGGAGUCCACCUGUGGUAAAUUAAAUUGAUUGGGCAUGAUUUUGAAAGGCACACACCUGUCGAUGUGAAGUCCCACAGUUGACAGUGCAUGUAAGAGGAAAAACCAAGCCAUGAGGUUGAAGGAAUUGUCCGUAGAGCUCCGAGACAGGAUUGUGUCGAGGGACAGAUCUGGGAAGGGUACCAAAACAUUUCUGCAGCAUUGAAGGUCCCCAAGAACACAGUGGCCUCCAUCAUUCUUAAAUGGAAGAAGUUUGGAACCACCAAGACUCUUCCUAGAGCUGGCCGCCCGGCCAAACUGAGCAAACGGUGGAAGAAGGGCCUUGGUCAGGGAGGUGACCAAGAACCCGAUGGUCACUCUGACAGAGCUCCAGAGUUCCUCUGUGGAGAUGGGAGAACCUUCCAGAAGGACAAUCAUCUCUGCAGCACUCCACCAAUCAGGCCUUUAUGGUAGAGUGGCCAAACGGAAGCCACUCCUCACAGCCCACUUGGAGUUUGCCAAAAGGCACCUAAAGGACUUUCAGACAAUGAGAAACAAGAUUCUCUGGUUUGAUGAAACCAAGAUUGAACUAUUUGGCCUGAAUGGCAAGCGUCACAUCUGGAGGAAACCUGGCACCAUCCCUACGGUGAAGCAUUGUGGUGGCAGGAUCAUGCUGUGGGGAUGUUUUUCAGCUGCAAGGACUGGGAGACUAGUCAGGAUCGAGGGAAAGAUGAACGGAGCAAAGUGCAGAAAGAUCCUUGAUGAAAACCUGCUCCAGAGCACUCAGGACCUCAGACUGGGACGAAGGUUCACCUUCCAACAGGACAAUGACCCUAAGCACACAGCCAAGACAACGCAGGAGUGGCUUCGUGGACAAGUCUUUGAAUGUCCUUGAGUGGCCCAGCCAGAGCCCGGACUUGAACCUGAUCGAACAUCUCUGGAGAGACCUGAAAAUAGUUGUGCAGCGACGCUCCCCAUCCAACCUGACAGAGCUUGAGAGGAUCUGCAGAGAAGAAUAAGAGAAAUUCCCCAAAUACAGGUGUGCCAAGCUUGUACGUCAUACCGAAGAAGACUCAAGGCUGUAAUUGCUGCCAAAGGUGCUUCAACAAAGUACUGAGUAAAAGGUCUGAAUACUUAUGAAAAUUUGAUAUUUAAGUUUGAUAUUUAUUAUACAUUUGCAAACAUUUCUAAAAACCUGUUUUUGCUUUGUCAUUAUGGGGUAUUGUGUGUAGAUUGAUGAGGAGAAAAAAACAAUUUAAUCCAUUUUAGAAUAAGUCUGUAACGUAACAAAAUGUGGAAGAAGUCAAGGGGUCUGAAUACUUUCCGAAUGCACUGUAUAUAAAGUGUAACUUUGGGAUGCAAACUCUAAAUGGAAUACAUUUCAACUCUAUAUCUGACAUGGUACAGGUGUCUUAUUUUCUUUAAGCCCAUAACCAUGUGUGUGAGGUGUAUGCUUUUGUUUCAAAGUAGAUUUGUUUAAGACUACCAAGAAACACUCUGUGACCCUGAUUCAGCCCACUGCAGUAAAAGGUUAAAAACAAGGUUAAAACUAUAAUUUUGAUAUCAUGGAUGGUCAGUCCUUGCAUCCAUAGCGGUCUUUAAAUUUGAGAGUUGUUACAUUUCUCCAGCCUUAUCCCCCCCACUUUUUACUGAAACAGUGGUGGAGAGAACUCUUUGUUACUGUUUUACCUGCUGAUUGCCACUAAGCAGGGUGUCUAGCACAUCACAAGUAGAGAGGGGUUGAAAUUAAAACAAAUAUUCACUAAAAGUUGAAGUUAGAAAGUAUGUUUUGUACAGUGCAGGUUCAAGUGAACUGUCUAAAUCAUGUGUGCACAUUUACUCUCUCUGUGCAUGUGUGUGUGCGCGCACAUGAACGUGCAUGUGUGUUUCAGUUUGGAUUUAGGAAGUGGAAGAGUCAUGUGACGGAGCGUCCCUUUGAGGACAGGUCAGAUGUGGUCAAGGAGCUCUACUCAGAGCUCAACAUCAUCAAACCACACACCGGUGAGUGUAUGUAUUUGUGCUUGUACUUCUAAGGAGGAAAAGUAGUCAACUGUAUAGACGUCACUGAUCCUCAGUACAAAUCCUGAAGUCCUCAAUCAUGGCUUGCUGUGUAUAGGACUUCAUGGCAUCAUCACUAAUUUCUCUGUUGUCUGUGUCUCUAUGUGGUGUUAGGUCAUCUGAUCACCUGUGGGAAUGUGGUGUAUGUGUUGUUGUUUGGCUGGUGGGUGUCUCUGAUCUACCUCCUGGUCAGCAUACUGAUGUUCAUCACCAUCAUUGGAGUACCAUACGGUAUGGAUAUCCAUUAGGACUUUUUUCCUUCGGCUGUACUGUGUUAUUACAACCAUUUUACAGUUUUUACUGAGAUGAAACCUUUGUAUCUUGUGGAGGGUGGGAUUAUCACGUACUGCCAUCCUAACAUAUGAUUCCUUUAGAUAUGAUUGAUUCUCCCUCGCUCUCUCUCCUCGCUCUUUCUCUCUCGAUCUGUCUCCCUUUUAGGGAAAAUGUGCUGGAAGUUGUCUUGGUAUUUCUUAUGGCCAUUUGGGAAGUCCAUACAGGAGGUACAGUAAUAAGUGUUGUAUCCAUCAGAUUGCUUCCACUGGAAAAUAUCUGUUUAGAGGAAGUCAGCUAAAACUGUUAAGACACACAUCCUCAGUUUCAGCUCCUGUCUUCACUCUGUCUGUCUGUGGUGGCUGUGUAGUAGAAGUCCAUGUUUCCUGUCCCCACCACAAGCCAUUCACCUCAUAACACCCACUUAAUCUGACUGGUCGUUAAAGGCAAAUGUCCACAACAAUCAUGUAGACUUAAAGGUCUAUGUUAUCGAAGCAUGUAACAUAGCUAGAAUAUGCAGUGGGGAGAACAAGUAUUUGAUACACUGCCAAUUUUGCAGGUUUUCCUACUUACAAAGCAUGUAGAGGUCUGUAAUUUUUAUCAUAGGUACACUUCAACUGUGAGAGACGGAAUCUAAAACAAAAAUCCAGAAAAUCACAUUGUAUGAUUAAGUAAUUAAUUUGCAUUUUAUUGCAUGACAUAAGUAUUUGAUACAUCAGAAAAGCAGAACUUAAUAUUUGGUACAGAAACCUUUGUUUGCAAUUACAGAGAUCAUACGUUUCCUGUAGGUCUUGACCAGGUUUGCACACACUGCAGCAGGGAAUUUGGCCCACUCCUCCAUACAGACCUUCUCCAGAUCCUUCAGGUUUCGGGGCUGUCGCUGGGCAAUACAGACUUUCAGCUCCCUCCAAAGAUUUUCUAUUGGGUUCAGGUCUGGAGACUGGCUAGGCCACCCCAGGACCUUGAGAUGCUUCUUACGGAGCCACUCCUUAGUUGCCCUGGCUGUGUGUUUCGGGUCGUUGUCAUGCUGGAAGACCCAGCCACGACCCAUCUUCAAUGCUCUUACUGAGGGAAGGAGGUUGUUAGCCAAGAUCUCGCGAUACAUGGCCCCAUCCAUCCUCCCCUCAAUACGGUGCAGUCGUCCUGUCCCCUUUGCAGAAAAGCAUCCCCAAAGAAUGAUCUUUCCACCUCCAUGCUUCACGGUUGGGAUGGUGUUCUUGAGGUUGUACUCAUCCUUCUUCUUCCUCCAAACACGGCGAGUGGAGUUUAGACCAAAAAGCUCUAUUUUUGUCUCAUCAGACCACAUGACCUUCUCCCAUUUCUCCUCUGGAUCAUCCAGAUGGUCAUUGGCAAACUUCAGACGGGCCUGGACAUGCGCUGGCUUGAGCAGGGGGACCUUGCGUGCGCUGCAGGAUUUUAAUCCAUGACGGCGUAGUGUGUUACUAAUGGUUUUCUUUGAGACUGUGGUCCCAGCUCUCUUCAGGUCAUUGACCAGGUCCUGCCGUGUUGUUCUGGGCUGAUCCCUCACCUUCCUCAUGAUCAUUGAUGCCCCACAAGGUGAGAUCUUGCAUGGAGCCCCAGACCGAGGGUGAUUGACCGUCAUCUUGAAUUUAAUAAUUAUAAUUGCGCCAACAGUUGUUGCCUUCUCACCAAGCUGCUUGCCUAUUGUCCUGUAGCCCAUCCCAGCCUUGUACAGGUCUACAAUUUUAUCCCUGAUGUCCUUACACAGCUCUCUGGUCUUGACCAUUGUGGAGAGGUUGGAGUCUGAUUGAGUGUGUGGACAGGUGUCUUUUAUACAGGUAACGAGUUCAAACAGGUGCAGUUAAUACAGGUAAUGAGUGGAUAACAGGAGGGCUUCUUAAAGAAAAACGAACAGGUCUGUGAGAGCUGGAAUUCUUACUGGUUGGUAGGUGAUCAAAUACUUAUGUCAUGCAAUAAAAUGCAAAUUAAUUACUUAAAAAUCAUACAAUGUGAUUUUCUGGAUUUUUGUUUUAGAUUCCGUCUCUCACAGUUGAAGUGUACCUAUGAUAAAAAUGACAGACCUCUACAUGCUUUGUAAGUAGGAAAACCUGCAAAAUCGGCAGUGUAUCAAAUACUUGUUCUCCCCACUGUAGCUAGAUUGUUGAACAUUGUUGAACAUGUGAUGAUUUAUAGGGCAUAGAUUAGACAGACAGACGUUGUCCACAAAGAGAAUGAAUGUUGCAUCUGGGCUAAACUCUCCUGUGUUCCCCCUCUAGUUGGGAGGAGGUGUGGGGAGGUGCUGUGGGAGGUUCCCCCACUGUGAGGCCAUCCCAGAGGAUGUGGAGGACAACGAGGACGCUUCUCCCAUCCUCCUGCCAUCUCCCACUGAGGAGCCCAUCCCAGACCUGCUACAGGGGCCACUGCAGCACAAGCCCUACUGGGUAAGAGUGUGUGGAUGAAUCCAAAAGGUUUUAUAGUGUGAUUUGGGGGUUUAUAUACAUUUGCGGACAAAUAUAUUGACACCCUUGCACUUUUCUUAAAUAAUUACCAAUUUCUUCCAAAAUAAAACAAACUUUUGGUCACCACCCCUUGUUAUUGGAUUUUCAACAUUGCAGAACCAAUUUUAUUUUCGUAAACUUAAGUUUACACAUUUAAUUUAGAAAAUAACGACAAAUGGCAUGGACAAUAUUAUUGGCAGUCCAGAGCUAGUACUUGGUUGCACAGCCUUUGGCCAAGAUAACUGCAGACCAACGCUUCUUGUAGCCGUCGAUGAGCUUGCUGUACCUUUCUACUAACCUUUGAUGUUUAUUUACUUUUUCUUUACGCACACAUUUUUGUGGUCACCUUCUCUUCACAUUUCUCACUGUCAAUCGUGAAUGAUCAUUUUUCAAGUUUUACUGGUGAAACGUCCAUGCAGCACCUGCAUACAGUAGCAUAGCCUACCUGUGCUUAGUUUCAAUCAAAGCACAUAUUUUGCCUAUUGGCACACACUGUUGAGUUUUGGCGACAUGAGGAAAAUUCGACCCUUCGCACAAUCAUCCUAAAAUCUCAUAAGAAUUGAGGUGGUGUUUUUUGUCUUAGAGUAACUUUAUACUAUGCUAUUAUAUUCGGUUCUGUUAUGUAGAAUACUAUCAUUAUGUGAUAUUGCAGACAUUGAUUCAGCUUUGAUCUAACUUUAUUAAACGAGCACCAUUUCCCAGAGUAGCCUGUUAUCUACGAGUAGAGCAGAGACUGUGCGUAAAGUAGAGUAUCCUGCACAUGCGCAGAAGUUUCAAGUCUUAGCUGUCGGGAAGAGGGGUCCAGAAAAGUCAGAUCCGCAGCCACUCCGUAUAAUUUAUACCUAUUAUCUGUCUCCUCUAUCCUGUGUAGCAUCGUGUGAGCACAUAUGUGUGGCUGCUGUUGGGAUAUCCUUUGCUGGCUGUGGUUCACUUCCUGGCCUGCCUGCUCUCCUGGCUGCUGGUGUUCACCAUUCCCGUGGCCAAGAUGAACGCCCGGACCCUGGCCUCCAUCCUCCUCAUGCCCCCCGAGAACCUCUCUAUCUCCACCUGCUCAAGGAGGAAGGUAGGGGCAGGCAAGGCGGACAGGGCGCUGAUCAUUUAAGCAUUCAAGCUAUGCAGGCUUUUGUUCCAACCCUGCUGUAACAAACCUGAUUUAGCAAAUCUAAGGCCUUGGUGAGCAGCUGAUAAAAUGAAUCAUAUUUUCUAGAUUAGGGCUCAGUAAAGAAGCCAUGUAUUAUUACUAACUGUAAUACCCUGUAUGACUUCCAGCCUCAAGGUUGUGAGACUCGAGCGCUGCUGUGCUGCUACCACGCGGUCAACUGGUACUACUACAAAUACACUGUGGAUGGGAUCAAUGUGUUCGCUGUCAGUAUCCUUUCUCACAAGGCCUAUUGUGUUGGGGGAAAAGGACUAGGCUGGGGUUCUUUUUGGACCAGUCAUUUGAUUUACAUUGAGUUUACUUGUUGAUUUUCUUAACCCCUUCAUCAGACCUCCUUCCCCUGGUGAUAGUGUCCCUGGUGAUUGGUUAUGUAGAUAAAGGAAACCAGUUUGCCAGCUCUGAGGUCAAGUUUGCCACAGCAGUCGGCUCCAUCAUUCCUCUGUCCUACUACAUCGGCAUGGGCAUCGCCAGGUCAGCACAAGCACUCACACACACACAAAUACUGUAGGGGAGAGUGGGGUAUGUUGAGCCAACCUUGUUGGUCAAAUUAACAAUUUGACCAAAUAUUUAGGAAGAGGUCAUCAAUUCAUGGAGUCUGCGAAGGAAGAAACCACAUAGAAAAAGUGGUAAACAAGUUAGGUCCAAAAAAACUGAUUUUCACCAAGUCAAAUGAAUUUAUUGUGUUAGAGGUUUCAUGAUGCUUGUAUCUAAACCAAAGUAGAGAUUGUUCUAUACAUCAGUUGGGGUCUCUAUAAGCUUCAAUAUGAGGUCCUUAACCUAUCAUGAAAGUGCAUCCUUGUAGCUGUGUGGGCUAAUAUAGUAAAAAUGCUUGCCUUGGGUUAAGUUGAGCCAAAGGCAAGUUGAGCAAGUGUUUUCUUCCCAGGUGUAAUGCAAGUCAUUACCGCUGGGAUAUGAGGUAACAACAGGGCCUGGCCUAUGUUAAGUGUACAAAAAAGUGUUUGUUAGGUGUUAAUGUGUUAAAAGAUUCUUAACCCUAUCAGUCCCGAGGCCCUGGCAAAAAUCGUCUUUUCAUUUAUCUGACUUUAUUUUUGCUGUAUGUCCAGCCCUUAUAUUUAGCCUCACAAUGAAGUGUUUUACAAUUUUCAGGACAUCCAGGGCUACACGUAGAACACAAAACAAUUUGACAUAAACAGUUGCAUUCAUGAGUUUUAUUGACAAUUUACAUGAAUUUAUAUGAAUGAUGUAAGUACAGAAAUGAUUUGCUCAUUGGGAAAUGCAUAUAUAACUAGUCAGUGACAACUGUGUGGAGUUUGUGACAGCAACUAUGUGAGCUUAUUACAGUAUUAUAUGUCCUGGGAUUUCCUAUGAUCUUCUAUGUAGAAGAACCCCUUACCUUCGAACGACUUGUGUGUAGCUUGUUUGCGUCAUAGAGCAAAACAUGUUACCUGUUCGUGAGAGUCUCAGCUUUUCAUGGUUAGCGUUUAAUAGUUUUUAGCUCAAACCAUUCAGACUCUACAGAGGUUUUUGUAAAAAGACCCGGCCCCGGGCCGCUUCGGGAUAUGUCGUUGUCUCACAAACACCGCUCUAGCUCAGCCCCCGUUAAUGGUUGGUAUCUACAGAUGCAGAAGAAAUGGACAAAUCCAAUGGUACAACCCAGAAGUAUGUAUGUAGCUUAUACACACUAUGUUUAAAAGGGUUUAGAAGUCCAAAACUGCGUUACGGUGGGACUCAUUGGGUUGCCUCAUUGGGUUAAAAUGAUUCAAAGACAAAAAAGCGAUUUUGGUUGUGUUGAAUUGUGUUUUGGAAAUAAGGAUAGACAUGGUUUUAAAAAGGCAGUGAUAAUAUUUCAUUAAGUACAGAAAUGUGCAGGCAGCUUAAGUUACCCCAUACCCAGGAAAAGUUGUGCCAAGAGACUACUUUUUUUGGACAAGCUAUUUUUUCAAAACUGUAAUGUUUACAUUAAUUCUGAUUUAUUUCCAGGGAUACACAACAUCCUGAAAUAUAUGUAGAUAUCUUUGUUAGAAAGGAUACAAUAUUUCCCUUGACAGAGUGAUGCUGAAUGAAAAAAAUGGCUCAACUUACCCCACUCUGCCCUACAUAUUCUCAUAAACAAACAUGCAUACGGUACAUGUAUACUUGAGAAGAGCAAACAUGACUAGAAUACUCUUAUUACCCUUCCUUAUUUUAAAGCUGAAUAAAAACAAUUGGUCACAACAAAGAGUUAUAUGAACAAUGCCCCCUAUCCCUUCUGCAGUAUCUCUGCCCAGAGUAACUUUGCGGUGGGGGCAGUGGUGAACGCGACCUUUGGCUCCAUCACAGAGAUGACCUUCUAUAUCACGGCCCUGCUGAGGGGUCACCGCGCUGGUAAUGCCUGUCUGCAGGAGAUAGUUAAAUCUGCCCUCACCGGCACACUGCUGGGUUGCAUCCUCUUCAUCCCUGUGAGUCACACACACACACACACACACAUAAACACACACACACCUAAACACACACACACUGAAAUUUCUCUUUUUCCUUCUUCCUCUCUUUUUUGCUUACUCCUCCCCCCUACCACCCACUCUCUUGCUCACGCUUUCUUCUCUAGGGGAUCUGUAUGAUCAUAGGAGGGCUGAGACACAGGGAGCAGAGGUUUAACAGUCGUUCAGCUGGGGUCAGUUCUGCCUUGCUCUUCAUCUCUGUGGGAGGUGAGACCAGACCUCCUCACCAACAACCCCUCACUCCGUCCUCACUCCUCACCCUGUACCCAAGACCUUCAACUCUAAACCACAACUCACCUCCUCCAACCCCUCACUCCGUUCUCACCCCGUACCCAAGACCUCAACUCUAAACCUAAUCCCCACAUAUUCUCAAAAAGGUUUUAUUCCCCUGGCUCACCCUCUUCUCAUCCUGUCUCUGUAGGUGUGUUUGCCCCCACGCUGUUCUCUAAGGCGUAUGGGAACCUGGUGUGUGACAACUGCACCAACUCCACGGGGGGCAACGCCACCAGCAACACCAGCGGGCCCUUCGUCUGCCGCAACUGUCACUACGACCUGGUCAGUAACACUUAGUCACGCUCACACACAGCACUGGAUACAAUCAAACUGUAACACUCUUAAUCAUCAACGGACACAUUGUCAAACUGUAAUUUCGCAAAGUAACAGAAACACUCUUCUGUAUAGUACUGUAGCAGACAGUCGUCUGGCACUGAAUAUUUGACCUGACGAUAUAUUUCCGUCUUCCCAACAGAGUGAGAACAACUACACCUUGUUCCACAGCCACAUCGAGUGAGUGUUGAGAGAGGUUCUGCUCCAAAUUAUUCAUACUUUUUUGUAACUCAAUGAUCUGAGAGUGCUGAAUAUUUUUUUUUUUAAAGAGUAUACUUCUGUAAAAGAUUUUAAUACACAUCUUUAUCCCCUUGUGUAUUUUUGUGUAUCUCAGGCCACUGGUGUACACAGUCUCCUUCCUUCUGCCUGUUGCUUACAUCAUUGGUUUAAUCUUCACACUGAAGACACACUCACACAUCUACGACAUUCACGUUGGCGAGGGACAGGGUAAGGGUAAAAUACACACACACACACACACACACACACACACGCACGUACAGUUAUAAACUGUAUAAGUAACAGCCAUCCAUAACUCUGUCUGCAGUGGCCGGUCACCAUGGUGCAGUUGUCCACUGGUCUCGGUGGAGAGCUCUGGCUAUCCUCAUCAUAGCCACUCUACUGAUGUCAGCCUGCGCUGACGUUACCACUGAACACAUCCAGCCCAUACUGAGUCAGCCCAAUAUCUCCCAGGUACUGUACACAAACACACACACACACACACAAUUGUCUUGUGAUCUUGCUCUCCCUAUUUCUCCUCUCGACCCUCACUCUCCCUCUCGUUGUUCAUCAGUACUUCAUAGGAGUGACGGUGCUGGCCAUGGUACCUGAGAUCCCAGAGAUUGUCAACGGGAUCCAGUUUGCCCUUCAGAACAACAUCAGUCUGAGGUGGGUCCUCACUAAAAGAGGUCUCAAACAGUUGUGAUGCUAGUGCCCUGAGUUUUUCCUAACCACAUGGUCUGACCAGGGAAAAACUGCAAAUGGUGACUGUCAUAAGAGUAACCAGUUGGUUAGCAGGAAUUCUGACCGAAGCGAGUGUUUGUGACGAGGAGUGACUGACUGCUCCUCUGUUGUUUUGUUUCUCCCAGCCUGGAGGUGGGCAGCUGCAUCGCUGUACAGGUCUGCAUGCUCCAGAUCCCCCUGCUAGUUUUAUUCAACGCCUUCUACGUAAGACACUACCCCUUGACUGUACCUAUCACUAAAUAACUAAUCAAUAAUAUAAGUCCAGUUCAGAAAGGAAACACCAUGCAGUAGCAGCAAGCUGCAGCAGGAUGUGUGAGCAGAACCUGGUCAGCUUAAAUGGUGCACCAACUAAGGUAGGCGUGAUUGUUACUAAAGUAGCAUCUAGUUGGUGCAAUCUCAGCUGAGGCGGGCACUCAGAUUCCCUUUCUGAAUUGGCUUCGCUUAAUUUAUCAUGGAUGGAUGAAGUUUUUUCAUUUGUCAACUCACCCAAAGACCAUAGUCAUACCAUAGGAGACUAUAGAAAAUAAAUAUGUAAACAGACAAGUAAUUUCCUGUAUGUGUUACUACAGGAUGUGGGCUUCGUGCUAAUAUUCUGUGACCUGCACCUGUGGGCCAGCAUCUUCAGCGUGGUCCUCGUCAACUACAUCUUUAUGGAUGGCAAAUCGGACUACUUCCAGGGUAAGGGGUGACUGGAGGGUUUGCCUCAGAGCGCGCCAUCCCAACCUGUAUGCCUGACUGUUUCUGCAUCAGCCGACAUGACAUUGCAAACAAGUGUUGUUCAAUGCAGAAACUGUCAGGUACACAGACUAGGGUAAUACAUUAACACGUUGAAAUUAUCAUUGAUCAAGUCAAAUCAUCCUUGUCCAUCUGUUGCCUGUCAUCAUAGGAUAUUGAUUAUUUGCGCAUGAUAGAGAACUCCCCUCUAGUGGAUUGUUAUUUAGAAAACAAAGUGUGUAAUUGGACUGUGUUUUCCUCUCAGGCACUGCUCUGGUAGUGGUUUACCUCAUCCUACUGGCAUCGUACUUCUUUGCUCCGUCGCCAGCCGGCUGCUGAGAGACUCAUCUGCACAUCAGCUUGUUACCUUUUACAUCAGACUGAGUUACAUUCAAGAUUAUUAUACAUUUUCUUUUUACAUUUCUUAGUUAAGUUACUUAUGGAAUUUAAUAUGGUGUGCAGACUGCUAGACAACAUUUUGAAAUUUCUCUGGACUGCGGUUCCAAAAAAAUUCAAACAGUGGGUGAAGCAUUUCAGUCUGUCAGGGUGAACGCACCAAAUGGUGAGUCGCUCUGGAUAAGAGC